GUUUGCAUUAGGAUGUUCAUUUAGAGCAGCAGUUCUCAACCUCUCAAUUUGUAGCAAUGAGAAUACAUAAUGCAUAUCAGGUAUUUACAUUCCAAAUCAUAACUGUAGCAAAAUUACAGUUUUGAAGUAGCCACCAAAAUAAUUUUUUGGUUUGGGGUCACUGCAACAUGAGGAACUGUAUUGUGGGGUCACGGCAUUAGAAAGGGUGAGAACCAUUGAUUUAGAGUAUACAACCCCAAUCAUAUCCCCCUCGACCCAUGUAUUCAAGCAGUUGCUUUCUUCGGUGUUUCUACUCUCACAGUUUUUCCUCUGACUGUGGAAAGUGUUCUUUCUCGUAAAUCCCUCCGGGUUUUUCAGGAUCACUGCAUUGCCACUAAUGGAGAAGUCCAUUACAUUUGAUUGUACCACAGUGUAUCAGUCUCUGUGUACAAUGUUCUCCUGGUUCUGCUCCUCUCACUCUGCAUCAGUUCCUGGAGGUCGUUCCAGUUCACAUAGAAUUCCUCCAGUUCAUUAUUCCUUUGAGCACAAUAAUAUUCAAUCACCAACAUAUACCACAAUUUGUUCAGCCAUUCCCCAAUUGAAGGGCACCCCCUCAUUUUCCAAUUUUUUGCCACCACAAAGUGUGACUAUAAAUCUUUUUGUACAAGUCUUUUUCCUUAUGAUCUCUUUGGGGUACAAGCCCAGCAGUGCUAUGACUGAAUCAAAAGGCAGGCAGUCUUUUAUUGCCCUUUGGGCAUAGUUCCAAAUUGCCCUCCAGAAUGGUUGGAUCAAUUCACAACUCCACCAGCAAUGAAUUAAUAUCCCAACUUUGCCACAUCCCCUCCAGCAUUCAUUACUUUCCAUAGCUGUCAUGUUAGCCAAUCUGCUAGGUGUGACGUGAUACCUCAAAGUUGUUUUGAUUUGCAUCUCUCUGAUUAUAAGAGAUUUUUUUCAUGUGCUUAUUAAUAGUUUUGAUUUCUUUAUCUGAAAAUUGCCUAUUCAUGUCCCUUGCCCGUUUAUCAAUUGGAGAAUGACUUGUGGUAUUUUUAGACUUGCGUUGGUACUAAAAAUAAACACAUUGGUAUCAAAAAUAUUCUGGCCUACACUCCCAGGAGAAUAAAAUUCCAAAUCCUCACAAAGAAAGGUGGGCAUGUGUAAAGAUGACCUUUGGCAGAGUCAGUCCUCCUUUCCCUAGGUAAGAGGAAACAGUGGAAGAAGCCACCAAUGCCUUUUCCCCAAAUCCAUCCCCUUUGGAGGAACACUGGGCUUCAGCGAGCCUCAAUUUGUCAGGAGAUAUGUGGUGAAGGGAGUUUUUCUACAGUGAUUGAACUGCUCAGGGGAGAUUACAUGUAACCUAUCUUGUGAAAGAAAAGUCAUAACUGGAGAAGUUUUCACUUCAUUUGCUUUGAUGAACAGUGAUUAUAACAUCCAACUCUUUGUAACUUCAUGGAUAACUGUCCAUGGGGUUUUCUUGGCAAAGAUACUAGAGUGGUUUGCUAUUUGCUUCAUAAGUGGAUUAAGACAAAUAGAGGUUAAGUGAUUUACAGUCACACAGAUUAGAAUCUGAGGCCAGAUUUGAACUUAAGUAUUCCAGAUUCCAGUUCUAGCACUCUAUAUCCACUGAGUUCCGAGGUGCCUCUUAAUGAUGAUGUUAGAAGACUUCAUUGCUAUGAAGAAAGAUAAGGGCAAACUGGUUACAAAAUUUUGGGUUCAGUAACAUCUUUACCCCAGGGCAAUUACUGAAGACCUGGUGUGGGAGUCCCCCAUAUGCUGCCCCUGAGCUCUUUGAAGGAAAGGAAUAUGAUGGGCCUAAAGUGGACAUUUGGAGCCUUGGAGUAGUCCUCUAUGUGCUCGUAUGUGGUGCCCUGCCAUUUGAUGGAAGCACCCUUCAGAAUCUUCGGGCCCGGGUACUGAGUGGAAAGUUCCGAAUUCCAUUUUUCAUGUCCACAGAAUGUGAGCACUUGAUCCGCCACAUGCUGGUGUUAGACCCAAGUAAGCGCCUCUCAAUGGAGCAGAUCUGCAAACACAAGUGGAUGAAGCUGGGAGAGGCUGAUCCCAACUUCGAAAGGUUAAUAAGUGAAUGCCAGCAUCUGAAGGUAGAAAGACAAAUGGAGCCUCUGAAUGAAGAUGUAUUGUUGGCCAUGGUGGAAAUGGGGCUGGACAAGGAGAGAACACUGCAGUCACUAAGGACAGAUGCCUAUGAUCACUACAGUGCAAUCUAUAGCCUACUGUGUGAUCGACUUAAGAGACAUAAGAACCUGCGUAUUGGAGCACCUCCCAGUGUACCACGGACCAUGACCUUCCCAGCACCAGCUGCUAUCCAGGCGGAGCAAGCAGGUACCACUGUAAGCAUCAACGUUCCCCAGGUGCAGCUUAUCAACCCAGAAAACCAAAUUGUGGAGACGGAUGGAACAAUGAACUUGGACAGUGAUGAAGGUGAAGAACCAUCCCCUGAAGCUCUGGUCAGGUACCUUUCAAUGAGGAGGCACACAGUGGGCGUCGCUGAUCCCCGCACGGAAGUCACAGAAGAUCUUCAGAAGCUCCUUCCUGGCUUUCCUCGGGUCAGCCCCCAGGCUCCAUUCCUCCAGGUGGCCCCUAACAUGAAUUUCGUGCACAACCUACUCCCUAUGCAAAAUUUGCAACCAACUGGGCAGUUAGAGUACAAGGAGCAGUCCCUGCUACAGCCUCCCACUCUACAGUUGCUGAAUGGAAUGGGCCCCCUUGGCCGGCGGGCAUCAGAUGGAGGAGCCAACAUCCAGCUGCAUGCCCAACAAUUGCUGAAGCGCCCAAGGGGACCCUCCCCUCUUGUCACCAUGACACCAGCAGUCCCAGCUGUUACCCCUGUGGAUGAGGAAAGCUCCGAUGGGGAGCCAGAUCAGGAAGCUGUACAGAGAUACUUGGCAAAUAGGUCCAAAAGACAUACACUGGCCAUGACCAACCCAACAGCUGAGAUUCCUCCGGACCUGCAGCGGCAGCUAGGACAGCAGCCUUUCCGUGCCCGGGUCUGGCCGCCUCACCUGGUACCCGAUCAGCAUCGCUCUGUCUACAAGGACUCCAACACCCUGCACCUUCCCACAGAGCGUUUUUCCCCUGUGCGCCGAUUUUCUGAUGGGGCUGCAAGCAUCCAGGCUUUCAAAGCUCACCUGGAGAAGAUGGGCAACCACAGCAGCAUCAAACAGCUGCAGCAGGAGUGUGAGCAGCUGCAAAAGAUGUAUGGGGGGCAGAUUGAUGAGAGAACACUCGAGAAGACUCAGCAGCAACAUAUGUUAUACCAGCAGGAGCAACAUCAUCAGAUUCUCCAGCAGCAAAUUCAGGAUUGUAUCCGUCCUCCUCAACCUUCUCCACCUCUUCAGGCUACAUGUGAAAACCAGCCAGCCCUUCUUACCCACCAGCUCCAGAGGUUACGGAUUCAGCCCUCGAGCCCUCCCCCUACCCACCCCAACAACCAUCUCUUCAGACAGCCCAGUAAUAGCCCUCCCCCUGUCAGCAGUGCCAUUCUUCAGUCUCAUGGUGCGGCCUCUCCUUCCCAGUUUCAAGGCUUGCCAUCCCGAAGUGCAAUCUUCCAGCAGCCUGGGAACUGUUCUCCUCCCCCCAAUGUGACACUGACCUGCAUGGGCCUACAGCAACCUGCCCAGUCUCAGCAGGUGACCAUCCAGGUACAAGAGCCACCUGACAUGCUGAGCAACAUGCCAGGGGCAUCAGCAGCUGGGCGGGGCAUGUCCCUCAACUCCUGUGCCAGUCAGAUUCAGAUGCAGCACCGUGCCAACCUGAUGGCCUCCCUCACCUAUGGGCACCGCCCAUUAUCCAAGCAACUGAGUGCCGACAGUGCAGAGGCCCACAGCUUGAACAUGAAUCGGUUUUCCCCUGCUAAUUAUGACCAGGCACAUUUACACCCCCAACUGUUCUCGGACCAGUCCCGGGCUUCCCCUACCAGCUACAGCCCAUCAGCAGGAGUGGGCUUUCCUCCAACCCAAGCCCUAAAAGUCCCUCCGCUCGACCAGUUCCCUACUUUCCCUUCCAGCGCACAUCAGCAGCAACAGCACUACACCACAUCGGCACUACAGCAGGCUCUGCUGUCCCCCACGCCGCCUGACUAUCCAAGACACCAGCAGGUACCCCACAUCCUCCAAGGACUGCUAUCCCCCCGGCACUCACUCACGGGCCACUCGGACGUUCGGCUGCCUCCGGCAGAGUUUGCACAGCUCAUUAAAAGGCAGCAACAGCGACAGCAGCAGCAGGAAUUACAAGAAUUGUUCAGGCAUAUGAACCAGGGGGAUGCUGGGAGCCUGGCUUCCAGCUUAGGGGGACAGAGUAUAUCGGAGUGCCAGGCUUUGUCUUUGCCUUAUCAAAACACUGACUCAUAUCACCACCAUCACCACCACCACCACCACCAUCACCACCAUACCAGCCCCCAGCAUCUUUUACAAAUCAGGGCACAAGAAUGUAUCUCACAGGUUCCCUCGCCCGCCCCGGCUCAUGGGUACGCACACCAGCCAGCGCUGAUCCACUCAGAGAGCAUGGAAGAGGACUGCUCGUGUGAAGGGGCCAGGGAUUGCUUUCCAGACAGUAAGAGUUCAAACACUUUGACCAAAGGUUGCCAUGAGAGCCCCCUGCUAUUGAACACAGGUGGGCCUGGAGACCCUGAAUCUUUGCUAGGAACUGUAAGCCAUGCACAGGAAAUGGGAGUGCAUCCAUAUCGACAUCAGCCAGUGACUGGAUUCAGUAGAAAUAAAGUGCCCAGCAGAGAAUCUGUCAUAGGGAACUGUAUGGACAGAAGUUCUGCUGGACAAGCUAUGGAGCUACCUGAUCAUAAUGGGUUGGGUUACUCAACACGCUCCACUGUCAAUGAGCAUCACAGGCCCCGGACCCUACAGAGACAUCACACUAUCCAGAACAGCGAUGAUGCCUAUGUGCAGCUGGAUAACCUGCCUGGAAUGAGUCUCAUGGCUGGAAAAGCACUGAGCUCUGCUCGAAUGUCAGAUGCUGUCCUCAGUCAGUCUUCGCUCAUGGGGAGCCAGCAGCUUCAGGACAGGGAGAGUGAGGGCUGUAGGGAGACUUUGGAAGGUCAAGAGCCCUCAGACCUGACCGACGGCAGCCAGCACUUACACAACUCUUGUUAUCCAUCUACAUGUAUUACAGACAUUCUACUGAGCUACAAGCAUCCAGAGGUCUCCUUCAGCAUGGAGCAGGCUGGGGUGUAACAAGAAGCUAGGAGUUUUGUGUACAGCUUGGGAAUUUUAAAAGUUCAUUUUAAACCCACAGUAUCUAGCAGCAUCGCGCCAAAUUGCCAUUGUAUUUCUCCCCAGCUGGAACAUCACAGCUCCUUUCCUCCUAUCCAGUCCAUCAGUGUGCUGUUCCUUGGGGUUCAGAGGGUGUUCUACCAUGUUUGCCUGUAUGACCAAGCCACCGAGGAAAUAAACGGGAAAUGAGAGUUCUCCACUUUUGGCAAAAGUGUAUUUGAGUUUUGUGUUUUCUUUUGGAGGCUGUUUUUCUUUUCUGCUUUUUCAGACAGGAGGGAUGAUCAGGGUGUGGAUGGAUGCCUAGGGUCUCUGAGCCACCACCCAAAGCAGUCCUCCCAGAAGGCCCCUCAUCCCUGCCAGCAUUGUCCAAUGCCAGGAACAGAUAGGAGAGGACAGGACAGCCACCUCUAGAAUCUACAUGUCAGGAGAAUGGAUGGGAAGUGGGGAUAGGGUGGGAUCUAGCAUUGGUAAGCAAUAAGCAAAGUUUAGGAGACCCUUAGCUGUGAGUCUUCACUGCUGAUACCCACCAAAAAGAUUUGCCCAGCCUGGCAGGCUAUUAACAGAGAGCCAAAGUCCUAUCAGAAUCUUAGUAUUGAGGCUGAGAGUAGCCUGGAGCAAGAUAAGUCUCACUUCACCUUCUUUGGGGAGCUUGUUUGUGGCACAGAACCCCUCAUCACCACCAGAACUGGUUGCCUUUACCAUCCCUUUGGUAAACCAUUCCUUCUACCCACAGACAACUAGAACGCCCAAGAGUGGUGCAAUCUGCUUUUUGUGGCAUCUUUCAUUCUCAUUUUUUAUUGCGCUAAAAGGAUGGUUUCUCCUUUUAUAUAUGUGUGUGUAUGUAUAUGCACAUAUAUGUGUGUGUGUAUAUGAAUAUACACACAUAUAUUUUCAUAUAUAUACAUAUAUAGAGAUAUAUUUACCUUUUCCUUUCAAAUUCUGCCCUCCCUUCCAGCCUCCUUGCCACAGCAAGAACAGGAGGUUCUGUUGGAUCCCUCCUCACUCCCUACCUCCCACCAUCCUCAGCCCCCUUUUUCUUCUUGAUCAUGUAGGAAUUGUUUUUGGUAAAUGUUGUUAUUGUUAUUAUUAUUAUUGUUAUUAUUAUUAAUAAAGACAAAAGGAAUUUCUGUUUAAAAGAGAAAUGUUUAACUAGAUUCUGUUCUAUUUGAAUUGUGACUUGCACCUUUGUUCAAAAGUAUUUUAUUUCCUUUAAUGACACUGUAAUUGUGAGCACUUCUUACUGGUGCCAGUGACACAUGUCAUGGUCUCCUUUCCCCAGAAGAUGCAGUACAUACUCCGUGGCUCUCAUUUGUCAUUCUCUUUGCUUUGCUUUACUAUUAGAAACCAAAGCCUUCUCCACUGGCGGGGGCUGGGAGAGUACAUGGGCUUAUCGCCUUUUGAACAUUUGGUUUUUGUUUUGUUUUGUUUUGGGUGUGUGUGUGUGUGUGUGUGUGUGUGUGUGUGUGUGUGUGUGUGUGUGUGUUUGUAAAUGAGACUUGACUUGACCCUUUCUUUUUUUCCUUUGGAGAAAGGAGAGGAAAAUAUCCCAAUAUCUCCUAAGACCUUCUCCCAAAUUUGCACAGAAGGAAAUGUGAGACCAGCAUAGCCAGUGCAAGGUUACCUCUCCUCACUCCCACCUCAGAUCUCAACCCCUCCUUGCCCCCACCUUUAACUAACAUGGAAUCAGUCUUCAGUUGGAAAAAGAACAUUGGAAAACCCAGAGCUCUGGCAGUAGCUCCCGACAAAUGGAUUUCUACAGGAUGGAGAGCUUGUUUGGGUUUCUCCCAGGUCCAUUUCUUUUACCUGUCCAGGGGUGAGAUCCCAGUUUCUACUCUAAUUGUGACAACUUUACCUGCCUAGCAGGAAGGUACCAAGAAAACGCUGAAAGCAUUUGUUUGACUUUUCCAUAUCUGUUCUAUCUGUCAUUGUUACUCGAUUCCUUACUGCCUCCUCCCCUCCCCCCCCCAACUCUGUUUUGUUUACAUGAUAUUGUAUUUCUGGGAAAGCAAACUGCCACCCUCUAGCAAAUCCAGAUGAAAGCCAGUGAGUCAAUUAAUUGUGCCAUCUUGUAUACCACACUUUUUUUUAUUAUUAUUGCUUUGUAUUGUAGUAACCAAUACACCCAGUAUAUGUUGAAUGUACAUUAAUAUACUUUGCUAUUACUUCUGUUCUUUGGAAAUGUCACAAGUAUUUUUUUUUCUUUCUCAUUUAUGUUGGACUGAAAAAGGGAAAAAAAAAUAAUUUAACAAAACCCACCACCAGACCCAAGUUGCAAUCAGAAGACCUUUAGUUCACUGGUUUUUUGGGGGGUUUGGGGGGUUUUUUUGUGGGGCACUUACAGUUAACCUAGUUGAACAGUGGGGGAUCAUGAUAAAUAAAAACCUGAUUAUGAUCUUA